AUGUCGCAAGGGCUUUCACACGGCAACAGAGUGUAUCUGGUCUUUCGCAGCGACACAGAGCACAUGUCUCUGCUGCAGCGAGUCACUUCAAUCGAAGGAACAGAUCGGGAAGCACCCCGCGUCGACGACGCCAAGCAUCUCGGCUAUGGAACAGUCAAGAGCCUGAGGAGAGUCAUCUCCUACGAUGUCAUCGCAAACCCAGCAGAGCACUCACAAGCAACCUUCCCGGAACAUGGCGUCACCACCUACAAAGUCUCGACAGCAAAACGACUUGCCCAGGUGAUAAUCACCGUCGUAUCGUGCUGGCUCGCUUCGGGCAUUGUUUUCGGGUUUGCAGCGCUGAAGCCGGUUCUCAUCGACCAAGGAGUGUAUCGCGACCUGUGCUCCGCCGAAGAGCUCGAGCUCGGCCUCGAAGUGUGUUAUGAGCAAGACUUGCGCUUGAACCUAUUCUUUGCGAUAGCAUCGACGACGGCGAACUUUUCCGCAUUGCCAGUUGGCACAGUGCUUGAUAAGUAUGGUCCGCGAGUGGCGAAUAUCAUUGGCAGCGUCGCUCUUGCCGCUGGCAGUCUUUUGAUGGCCACGGCAUUCAUGCUACCUGAGUUCGAUGGAUAUGUCGCUGGCAAUAUCCUGCUCUCCCUGGGAGGCACUUUCAUUUUCGUGCCGUCCUUUCAGAUCGCAAAUGCCUUUCCGAAAUAUGCCGGGACCAUCGUGGCCAUCGUCACCGGCGCCUUUGAUGCAUCUGCUGCUGUUUUUCUCUUCUUCCGUUUGGCUUACGAGUCUUCACAUGGUCGAUUCUCCCCUCAGAAACUCUUUUUCGGCUUCACUCUCGUCCCAAUUUUGAUCUGCAUCUUGCAAUUGACGAUCAUGAAUGCGAACUCGUACAAGACACAAGCGGAGCUCGAGAGGAAGAUCGAGAAGAACCAGGAUGCGACUCGUGAUGUUCAUGACUCUGAUGAUGAGCUAAGCGACCGUGAAGCUCGCCGCUUACGUGAACGAAGACGAGACCAUCGUGAAUCGAACUUGGCUGAGCUGGACAAGCUGCUCGGCGAUGCCGAAGAGAGACAGCACCGAGUUGAAAAGCAAGAAGAACGACAAGCGACCAGUGGCGUCUGGGGCGCACUGCAUGGCAAGUCCUCGAGAGAGCAGAUGUUGUCGCCUUGGUUCAUUCUCAUUACCCUUCUCACUGUUCUUCAAAUGCUGCGAAUGAAUUUCUUCAUUGCCACCAUUCGGGCGCAGUACGAAUAUCUGCUCUCUUCGGAGAAGCUGGCGCGAGCGGUAAAUUCGUUCUUCGAUGUGGCACUUCCAGUCGGUGGAGUGGCCGCAACUCCAUUUAUCGGUCUACUUCUGGACAACCUCAGCACAGCGACAAUGUUGGCAAUCCUUGUCGCAAUGAUUACAGCAGUAGGUGUGCUCGGCUCGCUACCAUUCCUGUGGGCCGCGUACAUGAACGUGAUUCUAUUCGUUCUGCUAAGACCACUAUACUACUCCGCAAUGUCCGAUUACGCAGCAAAGGUCUUCGGCUUUGCAACUUUUGGCCGAGUUUACGGGACCAUCAUCUGCUUCAGCGGCAUGAUCAAUUUAAGCCAGCCAUUGAUCGAUGCCGCCAAUUACGAACUUUUCCACAGCAACCCCAUUCCCAUCAAUGUGAUCCUGACCUCUCUCGGACUGGUCAUUGGCACUGUGCUGGUAAUUUUCGUCUGGGUGCAGGAAAAGCAUAUUUAUAAAGGAGAGCGCGAAGUUCGCGAGGCGACAGAGCGUGAUCGUCUAAUCCCAGAAACCUCCGAUGAAGAAGAUGUUUAGAUGGAUUUUUGCCUUUGAGCGUUUAGCAAGCGAGAGAUCGAUGGUUUGAUAGAUAGAAUUGUGAUGGUGAGGAAUCAUUUGAUGCAUGGAGUAGAGGGUGUCGUCCAUACAGUAUCGACCAAGAUCCUCCCUUCAAGCACGCUAUAAAUCAU